GGCGCGCGGGUCGGGAAGCGUCGGACCGCUGGGCUUAAGGGUGGUUCCAGAGUUGCUGUCCCGGAGGGAAGACGAUGAAUGGGACGCGGAACUGGUGUACUCUGGUGGAUGUGCACCCGGAGGGGCAGACCGCGGGCAGCGUGGACAUUCUCAGGCUGACUCUCCAGGGUGAACUGACAGGAGAGGAACUUGAGCACAUAGCUCAGAAGGCGGGCAGGAAGACCUAUGCCAUGGUAUCUGGCCAGUCAACCAGUCACUCUCUAGCCUCGGAACUGGUGGAGUCCAAUGAUGGACACGAAGAGAUCAUUAAGGUGUACUUGAAGGGGAGGUCUGGAGAUAAGAUGAUUCAUGAAAAAAAUAUUAACCAACUGAAGAGUGAGGUUCAGUACAUCCAGGAGGCUAGGAACUGCCUGCAGAAGCUCCGGGAGGAUAUUAGUAGCAAGCUUGACAGACAUCCAGGAGAUUCUCUCCAACAACAGGAGAUACAGGUGGUACUAGAAAAGCCAAAUGGCUUUAGUCAAAGUCCUGCAACUCUGUACCAGAGCCCACCUGAGGUGGACACCUAUGUGAAUCAAGAUGCUGAGAGCUUGAGGAAGACUGUGCAGGACUUGUCUGUCAAGCUGCAGGAGGCUGAGAGGCAGCAUCAGUCAGACCGGGUGGCUUUUGAGAUGAAACUCAGCCGGUACCAGAGAGAAGCAGACGAGAAUAAUGUGGCCCUUCAGAGAGCAGAGGACAGAUUGGAGCAGAAAGAUGUGCAAGUUGGAGAGCUACAGAGGCGCUUGUUAGAGAUGGAGAUGGAGCACCAGGCCUUGCUGGCGAAGGUCAGGGAAGGGGAGACAGCCCUGGAGGAACUUCGGAGCAGGAGCACUGAUUGCCGAGCAGAACAGGAAAAAGCUGCUAACCUGGAAAAGGAAGUGGCUGGGUUGCGGGAGAAGAUCCAUCACUUGGAUGACAUGCUUAAGAGCCAGCAGCGAAAAGUCCGGCAAAUGAUAGAGCAGCUUCAAAAUUCAAAAGCAGUGAUCCAGUCAAAGGACGGGACCAUCCAGGAGCUCAAGGAGAAAGUCGCCUAUCUGGAAGCAGAGAAUUUAGAGAUGCACGACCGGAUGGAACAUCUGAUAGAGAAACAAAUUAGUCAUGGCAACUUCAGCACCCAGACUCGAGCCAAGACAGAGAACCUGGGCAGCAUUAGGAUAUCCAAGCCCCCCAGCCCUAAGCCCAUGCCUCUCAUCCGAGUGGUGGAAACAUGAGCCGCAUGGAGACGGACGCCGCUGUUGCUGCCUCUUGCCUGGGAGAAGCCCACCACCCUUGUAGGCUGUUAGAAUUGAUUUUUGACUUCCUGAUUGUUCCCUGGCUGCACUCAGGGCUUCAGGUUCAUGUGUCCUGUUUCCAGACUCCUCUCCUCCAUAUGCCGGGCAUAUGGAAGAUGAACAUCUCCUCUGGAUGCUCCAGCCCUUUGGAAGAAGUUAUCCUGCCAGCAGGAGCCAGGGCAGUAUCCUUAUGACCAUAGUUACUAUUUUCCUCUAUAGAAGAGCCUCCCUUCUAUUGUAGACUGGAGUUCAGCUGCCCCAGAAUCCAGGCCCUCAUUGGGUCAGGAACGAUGACAAAAGCUGCCUCAGCCCUAACAACUGGAGACAAAGAUAUCCGCGGUGAUUGGAGAGUGAUUGGAGAGUGUCCCGGGGGAAUGAAGUUGCCUCUGCAAACACAACUCAGUUGUUAGUCACCAACUGUUUCUUUUUCUAGUGCCUCCGCCCUCAGCCCUUGCUGACCUGGGCCUCCUACAGGUAGACAGUGGGGCUACCUUUCAUGGCCUGGGCAGAGUCCAUGGACCUAAACUUUGACUGGACAGCCUUGUUUUCCUGGGGAGAAGGGAAUGUACAUUCAAGGAGUAGCUUUUAGCAGAAAAAUUCUCAAGGGCUGCCAACAGAUACGUGUGACUUCUCUCUGCUGUGAAGACUCCCAGAAUUUCUUAGGGUUUCCCCCACAGAUGCAGCACAAGGUACAUCUCAGUGUUCCUGACCCAGAACCUAAAAUUAUGUUUUCCCUGGGUUACAUCAGUCCCAGCAAAACCCUAGUUGUAUUUAUUUUACUAAGUUAUUGGUGUUUUUGCUUACAUCUGGCAGUCGAUUUAAUACCAAAGUUCUGCAGCCUUCUCUUGUGGUGUUCGGAUGUGCUCAAAACUGGAAAAAGAGAGUUCCCACUGGACUUGUUGAUUUCACAGUGAUAUUGUUAUAAACCUUUUGCUUAGUUUCUUCUAUCUACUCCUUUGCUCUCUUCCUCCUCCAAACCUGAUCUGUAUCUCAGGAAGGCAAGUAUAUUUUCCCUGAGGCAUUGGAGUCUGAGUGUAUGUUAUUUGGGGGAAGAGGCCCAUCAAGACUCUUCUGGGGAGAGAUCGAGUUCUUCCCUUGCCCCUCUGCUCCGCAUCAGUCUAAUCUCCUGGCUUGGAAUGACCCUGGAGCUCAGUGUGCUUUCUGUAGGGCCCUUCCUGCAGCCUAAAGGAGAGGAGCAUCAGAGACUGGAAACAGAAAAGUUAAAAAGACACAAGAAUUAAACCUUUAAACUCUAGUUGGUGUAAAACCAGAAGCCGUAAGUCUUGUGUUUCUGUGUGUGAGGACUGGGCUCUCGUUCUAGCUCGUCCAUAAUAGUGUUCGGUUUUCGGGGACUUCAGGCAGUUUCCUCAUUUAUAAAAUAUGAGGGACUUGGACCAGAUGAUCUCCCUGGUCCCUUCUAGUUGUGAUAUUUUUUUUUUCUGUGACAUAUUCUUUGUAUGGCAAAUUUAAUAAAUUAUGUUAAUGUGU